UGUUGCUUCAGCUGCAUGUUAACUGUGUUGUUUGUUUCUGCUGCAGCCUACAAAUGCAAGUGCACAAGGAAGGGGCCCAAGAUCCGGUUCAAGGACGUGCAGAAGCUGGAGAUCAAACCGAAGCACCCCUAUUGCCAUGAGAAGAUGAUCUUCGUCACUAUGGAGAAUGUGUCCCGCUUCAAGGGCCAGGAGUACUGCCUGCACCCCAGACUGCAGAGCACCAAGAACCUGGUGAAAUGGUACACGAUCUGGAAGGACAAGCACAGGGUUUACGAAUCCUAAAUCAGUACAAGAUGGAGCACCACCCCUCACCCCCAUCGCCCCCCGAAGACUUUUAAAA